AUGGCGGCAUCGGCAGCGGUGCUUGGGCCGUACUGCGACAGCCAGCACAGCAGCCACGACAUCCUGCAUUAUGUUGAGCCAACCAUCCUAGCGCCGAUCGAGACCUGCUGGUGGGUGCCGCCGCUGUUCGCGGUUGCCGGCGUCAUACUCGGUGUCGGACACCCCCUUCUCGACAAGACGCUCGGCGCCGGCGAGCGCGCCCCGGGCUGGCCCGUGGUGGUGCUCGGCAUCGCACUCUUCGUCGUCCAGUACUGGAUUUCCGGCGCCCUCGAGCCCCGGCUCACGAGCACGACCCUGAUGGGCCUGAGAGCGCACGACUGCGUGCUGUUGGCAUGGGGUGUGGCGAUGUGGGCAGCGCUCGACCGCACGCGGCACGGUCUGGGCCUCGCCCUCCUGACGGCGGUCGCGGGGCCUGCGCUGGAGGUCUUCCUCAUCAACGUCCUGGGGCUGUACAGCUACACCAGCCCCGACGCACUAGGCGUCCCUUUCUGGAUCCCGUGGGUCUACUUUGCAGGCGCGCCAGCCAACGGCAACCUGGGCCGCCAGAUCCGCGCACAGCUGUUGACAAACGAGGGGCGCGACCGUGCGCAGCGCCGGAGCUAG